AUGGGCCCACUCGUUAUCUUUUGGGUCGUAUUUGGAUUAGCUUCUACUUUAGGAAUGCAGACUUCCUUCUCCCUGAACCCAGUACGUGAUUUAGGUCCCAGACUAGUCACCUGGUUCGCGGGAUAUGGAUACCAUGUGUGGUCCAUUCGGUCUCACUAUUGGUUCACCGUGGCUAUCCUGGGGCCAGUGUGCGGUGCUAUCGUUGGAGCUUUCAUCUACGAUUUCUUCAUCGCAACCCAUCAAGUUACCUGUGCGCUCCAUGGCCACAACUCUGGGCCAUCGUUUCUGUCGAAAAUCUUCCCCGCCAAGCGCAACCGACAAGAGCAACUGAACGGAUUGGAAUCCGGACAAGCCUGA